CUCUCUCUCUCCGCAGAAAAUCGCUUUGUGUUUUGUUCGUUAUUUUUAAGGUCGCUGAAAAAAACAUUCAAGCUAAUUUGUCUUUCACUUUCAGCUAGCCUAGCCAGUUGAAAUCUAAGACUUAUCUUUAAUUCAUAGAAUCAGACAUCAUGAACUUUAACAACUCGCCCUCCUCCUCCUCCUCCUCCUCCUCAUCAAAGUCCAAAAGGAAGCAACAGCAACAGCAACAACCACAACUAGUACUACUAGAAAACCAGCAGCAACAGAAACAAGAAGGAGAAGCGAGGUUUCUCGGGGUAAGAAGAAGGCCGUGGGGUAGAUACGCAGCGGAGAUAAGAGACCCUUCCACCAAAGAGAGGCAUUGGCUCGGCACCUUCAACACUGCCGAGGAGGCCGCCUUGGCCUACGACCGCGCCGCUCGCUCCAUGCGCGGUUCCAAGGCCCGCACCAACUUCGUAUACUCUGAUAUGCCGAGCGGUUCAUCCAUAACCUCUAUUAUCUCACCCGACGAGUCAUCGCAGCACGAUAUCUCUGCCCUCUUCGCUCCCGACCAACAAAAAAACGAUGCGAAUACUACUCACUCCUCUACCCAGCUCUUCUUCGGUCAGGACCCUUUCAUCAAUGCUACUACGUGUCCAUUUUCCAGCGGGGACGGCUGGGCUCAGGGAACUACGGAUUUUGGGUCCAGUUACCAGCCCAUUACAGCUAUUACGGAUGGUGGGCAGGCGCGCGCGCACCCAAGCUCAUGCUCGUCCCAUGACACUACUGAGCUCCCGCCUUUGCCGCCUGACGCAUCUACUUGUUACGGGGCUGGAGUGAUGGGCUCCAAUAUGGGUCAAGAAGUUUGGAGUGACACCAACUGUUUCGAGCUCACUGAACAAACGAAGAAUGGGCUAGACUCAGCUGUUAGUGGGCCGUAUAUGGAUUUUUACUCCAAUGAGUUUGUGCAGCACAGCCCACUGUUUGGGAGGAUGCCGCCUGUUCCAGACUCGGGUAGCGAUGCAUUUGGUUUGGGUUCUUCAUCUCCCUACUACCAUUAAAUAAGCCUCUCCCCCCACCCAUUUUUCAAACCGUCUGUUCAACAUUGAGGUAUGUUUUCCUUGUUUGGUUGUUUGUUUUCUUUUGGGGGGCGAACAUGUGCAGAUGCUGAAUAGUGUAUUGUAUGGUUUUUGUUAAGCUUAUGCGAGAUUUUAACCUUUUUGGACCAUAGAUGAGCAAUGGUCGGAUUGCUAGAGUCUGUAAAGCAAUCCUGUAAUAUCUUGCUAGAGUCCACAACCAUCCCACUUUCCACCAAAAUAUUACUCCCUCUGGUGUCAAUGACAAGGUUGAACUCUU